AUAGCUGUUGACCAGACAAUUCACAUCUGAUCAAUGUUUACAAAAUUCUCCACAGUUCGAGUAAAAAUGUAGUUAAAAACAACAGAUUUGGGACAGUUUCUACACCACUAUCAUUAAAGAUAUUUCACAGGAAUCGUUCUAAGUUCUUGACGCAUUGAAGUGCAUCAAAUCAGUGGCGACCAUGGCGGAGGAAUCGAAGAAAUCAGACCGUUUUCCGCCGAGUUGGGGCGACGACGAACGGAUGAGUUAUCUCUUUUCGGACUUUCGUCAGAACCGAAUGGUGAACCCCAACGACUGGGACAACAAACUGAAAUUCUGGUCGCAACUGGUCGGCGACUGCUGCAGAAGGGACAAAUCCGUCGUGAUGGACUGUGAAAGAAUGGUGGAGGGCUUCCGGAGGAAAGGACGGCUUCCCAUGGGGAUUAACAGGGUGCUUCGAGAAAUGGCAAAUAACGCCCAGAUAGUCAACACAGCCGACUUCAUCAGCAGUGUCAACAGCACGUGGGUUUCGUGGGGUGUCAAUAACUUCUUGAGACGACCUUUGACCUGGGCCAUAGGCUCCUUGUUCAAGAGCAGCGAGCAGCCACUGACAGGGAACUACAUUUUCAUGGAUGUCUUGAAGGAAAUUGCAGAAUCCAUAGUGGACCUCCAUCAGCAAUGCAGCAACAUUGACAACGCAGACAAUCUUGUGGAAUAUACCACUCUGAGAGAGGUGUGCCAGGACGUAUGUGGGGAUGAGACGUCCCUCGAUCUGGCGCUUCUCUACCUGCAGAAAAUGAAGAGGGUCCACGUGGAAGCAAUAGCAGAUGGGUCAAAGGUUGUGAAAUUUGUCAGCAAAAAUCAACGCACUGUUACCCCACUUACAGAGACAGAGCUUGGCAUAGUAGGUUUACGGAGGACUAUAAACAACUUGAAGAAGCAGAUUGAGCAGCAUGAGAAGGACAUGAAUAAUCUCCGCAAUGAGGCAGCACUGACGGUUCGAAAGGGUCUCAAAUCCUCGGCCAAGAACAUCUUGAGGAGGAAAAAGAUUCUUGAGAGGAGGUUGGCCAAGAAAGAGACAACGUUGGACACGUUACAACAGCUGCUUGACCAAAUAAAAGGAGCCGAAACAAGUACAAUGACCUUGGAAGCAUACCGAGCUGGAGCCAGUGCUUUGAAGCAGACGUUGAAAGCCAAUGGCUUAACACCGGAGGCAGUGGACGACACACUUUCAGAUGUCCAAGAGGUGAUGGAGUUGUGUGCUGAGAUAGAAGACACUAUGUCCCAAGGGAAUAAAGCCAUCGAUGAUUCGGUGUCCUUCUCGGCCGGGUUCGACACAGAGACUCUAGAAGCCGAGCUUGCCGAUCUCCUGGAUGAAUCAACAUCUCAGGACAUCGGGGAGACUGUGAAACCAACAACUGACAAGUCAUCAAUGAACCAGGAAGAUUUCCUAGCCGGAUUGCCCGAAGUCCCUGAAACUGAACCACAGAAUUCAGACAAGGCUGCCAAAACUACUGAGCCUUUGCUAAUGAGUUAGCAGCUGUGGUUCCACCAUCCAAAGAAACAAAACAGUGGAAUUGUGUCUGGAUUCCCGAGGAGACUGACUUAAAACAGUUCACUCCAGCCAUCCAGGAGCCUGACCAUUUACACAGAACAACAUGUCUGGAUUCCAAAGGAGACUGACUGAAUCCACCCUACCAAGCCGUCCAGGAACCUGACCAUUUACAAAAGGUGUCUGGACUCCUGAGGAGAUUGAAUGACUUCAGUACACGUAAGUCUUCCAGGAAUCUGACUAAAAUGUUGAGAUGCCCUUCAGGAAGAAAGAUUCCUUAGUGCAACAUUUUCGGCAUGAGAUGAACUUUACAUUGGUUUCUUUGGAUGUAAGUGAAAAUGUCAUAAUUACUUUGAGGUAAAUGGUAAUUAAAAUAUUACUUUAAAGGGUGCAACCAAGUAAGUAGGCCAAAAAUCCGUCCACCGAGCUCAUGAAUAAAAGUGAUACAUUCAAAUUAUUCUAUAUUAGAGAGUUCUGAGAGCCACAGAAUUGGGGGAUUGAGGUCAUAUGGCACUGCACCUCUGGCCUGGACUUGGGGCUUCCA